AUGAGAGUCACUGGAGCGUCACCGCAGAUGUCCGCUAUUCAUGAUUGCUUGCGGUCAAUUACCGGUAAACUGGACAAUAUCAAUGUUCUACAGCAAUCAGUAAAUAAUAUGAAUCGGGAUCUAUGGGAUGAGGAUGGGUUAGAUGAGCGCAUCAAAUACAUCGGUCAACAACAUGAAGAUAAUGUUGGAGAAAUUGAAGCGCUGAAAUUAGAAAACAAUUAUUUGCGAAAAGAACUCCAACUUUUAAAGUCAAUCGUUGUUAACUUAGAUAGAAGAGUCAGUCAGCAAGAGAAUGAAAUAGUGGACCUCAGAGGGAGAUCGAUGAGGGACAAUAUUCUUGAUACAGUCAUACACCGAAACGGUCAGAAAUUCCCUGGCAACCCGAAACCAAGGACAAUAACAGGGAAAUUACAGAACUACAAUGAUAAAGAACUCAUCUUCCAAGCUAUUCGUCAAAAGAAGGAAAAUGGCACCGCUAAGGACAUGCCCUUCUAUAUCACUCCACAGACGCCUCUGCAAAUAAAUGAAGGUAAAAAGAAACUGCAGGAGAUGAACAAUAAAUAUCGAGAAGAAAACGUCAAAACAAAGAUAGUGGGAAACAAGUUAGUCUUUCCAAACGGAAGCGUGUACCGGGACAAGGUGCUACCACCACGUGCUGAGGAUAUACUCAUGUUGGACAAGGAUGAAAUCGAAAAACUGGAUGAAUGCGAUGUAAGGAAGUGCAAAAGCGUAACAGAAGAUGGGAACAUCUUUACUUCAUUAAUCGCCGAAAUUCACACAUAUGCACAUGCUAGGAACGUUUACAAAAAUAUUCUACGCAACCCGGACUAUGCCUGUGCCAACCAUAAUAUCCUUGUAUACCGAUUCAAAGAUGCCCAAGGGCGAGUGCAUGACGGCUAUUGCGACAAUGGGGAAUACGGGGCCAGACGUCGACUACUUAAGGUACUGGUUGAGAGAGAAGUAUCGAAUGUAGCAAUUGUCAUUUCGAGGAAGAAUGGUAAACAUUUAGGUCCCCGUCGGUUUGACAUUAUGAAGGAUCUGGUAAACAAAGCCGUCAGCCACACUUGUUAUUAA